AUGGAGUUAAUAGUUUCCAUACAAUUAGUUACAGAUUUAUGUUUAUCCGAGCCGAGCAAGAUAUCGCCGCUGAGUCAGCAGCUCCCGGAUCGGGUUCAGGCCACCUCAGUCAGUCCAGUCGUUGCCAGCAUCCGCAUCGCAUCGUCAUCGUUGCACUGAAACAGGAUCAGUCCGCGCGGGCAGAUGGUGUCAUUAAUGCAAUAAUAUACCGCGCUUGGUUCCACGCUGUCUUUCGUUCGCUGAAUGACCCAGCUUGUUGUGUACUAGCUGUUUGUGCUUGUGUUGACUGGAUUGCCCAGCGAAUUCUGCCGUCAUCUCCCACCUCCACCUCGCUCCACAUAUCUCCCCCGUCCGUCUUCCAGCCGUCAAAUUCUGAUCGCAUUGUUGGCAUCUCCCCCAGCGCCUCCGGACGUUCAUCCGUAACUCCAAACGACGAGGAGUCUGAGGAGAUUGGAAACCUAGAAGCCAGGAUGUCGACAGAUACCAAGCCUAGGAAUAUAGACGGCGUAGAUGGGUUGAGCAGCGCAUCCAGCAGCGAUGUGCAGACUAUCGUUCUUCAUAUCGUAUCUCCAUCCCUUCAGAACCGGGUUACUCUGAACAACGUUCCUCUUGCAAUCAAGAUCCUAGAGUUGAAGACUCGACUGUCUGAAGCGUUACCCAACCACCCUCGCCCAGAUGUACAGAGACUCAUAUAUAGGGGAAAGCCUCUGUUGAACAAUGAAGACCAGCUAGGCAAUAUUGUCGCACCUGCAGACGGUCGGGUGCACACAAUGCAUCUUGUUCUUCCCCCUAGCCAAGUGAGAGUUACCAUUCCUCCUCCACCAAAUCUCGCCCCAGAUCUCCCGAACCCCGGCCUGCCGAACCCUCAACAGGAGCCAUCCGGCUUACGCCUUCGGACAAGCGGCACAAGCCACACUGACCCAACAGCACCGCGACCACAAGUGCAAGCACAGUUCAACUCUGCAACUGCCGCCAACCAGGUAGCUACUCUACGCCAGCAGGUCAUAGCACAACAUCAGCAUCUGGCUGCGCAAAUCGCUCAGAACGCACGGUUGCCAUCCACUAAUCGCCCCGCACAAGCCGGACUUUCCACAGCGAUAAAUCCGGCCGGUAUCCCAAUACAGAAUAACAUUGAUUCGCCAUUAUAUGUUGAUGUCAACUCACCUUUAUAUGGUACGAGAUUUGGGUUGUCGACGCCGAACCUACAAAGCGAGCGGAUGAGUUCGAUACCCAGUAACCAAGAUCGCAACCCAUCGGACUCACAAUCAACCUCUUCGAGGGCCACAUUGUUCGAUUCCUCUGCAACCCAACCUUUCCCCAUUCAACGCACGGCAAGCUUUCCUCCCAGUCGUCCCACUUGGCUCGGUGAGACCGGAAUGGGCGUGGGAACUUUAGGUGAAAAUCGACGAAGAAUCCCCGCAAUACUUGAACAAAUACUCGGUAUGGAAAGCCAGGUACGGCGAGGCCAGCUUCCGACCAUUGAGAGUAUUUGUCGUACACGUAUUCAACUUUACCAAAUCCUGGAUGAACAGGAUCGCAAUCCACUUGCGCCAAGAGACAUCAUGCCUGAAAACCUUCUCGCUCGACUAUCGUCCCUUACUGCUCGGGUAGAUCAAAUAAGGCUUUUAAGAACCCGUUCCUUCACCUCUUCACCUCAAAAUUCCUUAUUUAACCCCUCACCCACUCUUCAAGAUCCCACGCAGACGUCCAUAUACUUAGUAUCUUCCCCAUCUGGCUACCAUGCAGUACUUCUUCCUCCAACUGGUGCGCCCGGACAGGGUACCAUUCAGCCGGGAACGCAGGCAUUCCAUGCUCAUAGGCCAACCAUUCACCCGCCCAUAACAUUUAUUCCACAUGAAGCGCCACAUGCGGCACCAAAUCCUAUGAUUAUUCCACCUGCGGUGAAUCAAGCCAUCUUGCAACAGCAGGAACGACAUCGAAUAUUUUUGGGCCCAGCGAAUUUCUCUCGGAUACUAGGACGGCUUUGGCUUUUCGUUAGACUUUAUUUCUUUUGCUACAUCUUCAGCGAAGAUGGUACAUGGUUCAGGAUUAUUUUGGUUUCACUUUCAGUCCUCACAGCUCUUCUAUCAGAAACGGAUUUACUACAGCGAGCACAACGUGCGGUUAUCGACCCAUUACACAGACAUCUCGAAAAUCUGUUGCCUGUGGAUACGCACCAGCCUCGAGACGCAGGUAGAGCGCGCAGAGGUGUAGACACAAAUGUCCCUCCUGUGCAUCCGAUGCAACCCAAUAACAUCAAUGAAGGACUUCGACCCGCAGUUGGAACGCAGCAUAACGGAGCUAUGGCCAACAGUCAACCGGCAGGUGCUUAUAAUAGGCUUAGGACGGCGGAACGAGCGUUUGCUCUUCUCCUUGCAAGUCUAGUGCCGGGUGUCGGGGAGCGCCGGGUGGCGGCUAGAAAUGCGGCAGAAGCCGCGAGACAAAAUGAAUUAGCCGCUGAAAGAGAGGCAGAGGAAAACCAGGCUAGGGAGCAGGGGAAUGAGGAAGCAGAAGCUCGUGGUGACCCAUCUGGUGAGGAGUCUGAGGACGCCGCAGUCCCGGAACUAGACCCACAACCCGCUCAUCCCACAGAUGACUUGGAAGAAGAUCGUGCCAUCGAAACAUGA